UAUUAGAUUACUGCACUCUUUCGAUAUUUUCAGCCACGGCCGAUCCGAUUAUAUCGCGUAAUCUCGGCGAGAGACCACCGAUCUAUUGCAUAUAGUCUAUAUUCGUCUUCCUCGGUGGUGCCUCUUCUUUCGAUUAGAGAUACCCAAUUAUCUUUCAACUUAAACUAUUGUUUGGACAAACUCGAGGUUAUUCCAUUUCCAUCAUUGACAGCUUGUUGUAAUAGUCAACUUUGCUUGCUACGUUAGGAUCCUGUACUUUUUGGAUCCUAUUUCUGCCUUCUGUCCCCGUGCCUCUUUUCGGCACGCCUAAUCCUUCAAAACGGCGGUACUAUCGCACGCCUCCCGGGACAGCCUUGUCCCUCCUCAUCUUCUCGGGAUGCAGGAUCUCUCGGCAUCUGGUGGCAUCCCCACUGGCCCUGCCGCUAACUCGGCAGGCCGGUUCGGUCAUUCGUCUAAGCCUUCUAAUAGCGAUACUGGUUUUUCUCACGGUGCCUUCACCUCUAAUGUCUCUGGGUUUGCUGAUAGACACCCUCGCCGAGGUAACAUUCCUUCGAUCAAUACUCAGCAGCAAAUGAAUCAGCCCGCCCAUAAUACCAAUCACGAUAUGACCACGCCCGGCACAGGAUUUGAUAUGCAGUUUACGCCUCUCCUUCCGUCUCAGUUGCUUCUGGGCAGCCCCUUUCAGCCAGGAACCCCUGCUGCUUUUGCUAGCCCUCAGUUCCAGAACAUGUCUGCUUUCCAGCACAGUCAGCAGCACAAUGGGCAACAGCAGCAGAACAUAUCGAGCCCCGUCCAGCAGAACAUUUCUCCUCAGACUUAUCAGUCGAUCGUGUCCCCUUCGACCUACGGCGCCCCCCAGUUCUUCCAGCCUCAGUCUCCCACCGGAAUGCAGAUGCAAAUGCAGCCCCAGUCGCCAACCAUGAGCCCUGGUGUCGUGACCGGAACUAGCAGAACUGUGUAUCUGGGUAACAUUCCUCCGGAUACGUCUGCUGAGGAGAUUUUGGGUCAUGUUAGAAGUGGACAGAUCGAAUCUGUUCGUCUUCUUCCCGACAAGAACUGCGCCUUCAUCUCUUUUCUGGACGCCAACGCAGCCACUCAUUUCCACUCUGAUGCUAUCUUGAAGAAGCUCUGCAUCAAGGGACAGGAUAUCAAGAUUGGAUGGGGCAAACCAUCUCAGGUCCCAACCUCCGUCGCGCUAGCUGUUCAGCAAUCUGGAGCUUCUCGAAAUGUGUAUCUCGGAAAUCUGCCGGAGGAUAUCCCGGAAGAAGAGCUACGAGAAGACCUCGGAAAGUUCGGUGCUGUUGACACCAUCAAGAUUGUUCGCGAGAAGAACAUUGCCUUCAUUCAUUUCUUGUCUAUCGCCAAUGCCAUGAAGGCCGUUCAGCAAUUGCCUCAGGAGCCGAAGUGGCAAUCUCCUCGCCGCGUAUACUACGGCAAGGAUCGUUGCGCAUACGUUUCUAAGACUCAGCAGCAGAACGCAGCUCAGUAUCUUGGCAUUGCUCCUGGGUAUGCCCACAUGCUGACGGGACAAGAUCGCGAGGUCAUUUCUAGUGCACUUGCCCAGCAAUCUGUCGCUGCAGCAGCUGUUGCCACUACCGCAGGUGGCAUUAACAACUUGGGCAACCGAACCAUCUACCUCGGUAAUAUCCACCCGGAAACCACCAUUGAGGAGAUUUGCAACGUUGUUCGUGGCGGCUUGCUCCACCACAUUCGAUAUAUUCCGGACAAGCAUAUUUGUUUCGUCACCUUCAUUGAUCCGACUGCGGCGGCUUCUUUCUAUGCCUUGAGCAACUUGCAAGGCUUGAUGAUUCAUAAUCGUCGUUUAAAGAUUGGAUGGGGAAAGCAUUCUGGUGCGCUCCCGCCAGCCAUAGCAUUGGCUGUCAGCGGCGGCGCAUCUCGAAACGUUUACAUAGGGAAUCUGGAUGAGACUUGGACGGAGGAGAGGUUAAGACAGGAUUUCUCGGAGUUUGGGGAGAUCGAACUCGUGAACACGCUACGUGAGAAGAGCUGUGCUUUUGUGAAUUUUACGAAUAUCGCCAAUGCCAUUAAGGCCAUUGAGGCAGUACGAAGCAAGGAUGAAUACAAGAAGUUCAAGGUGAACUUUGGAAAGGAUCGCUGUGGAAACCAGCCUCGACAGCUCUCGCAGCAGCCACAGUCUCCCCGUGGUGAUGGUGUGUCGUCACCUCCACCAGUUGGGAGCGGAAGCGGUAAUUCUCCUACCAACCCAACAUCACCCCAAUCCGCCAACAGCGUUAGCCUGUUCGCCAAUGGGAACAAUCCGCUUACCAUGUACUUGAACCAAGUGUCCCAACAAGCUCAACAUCAGCAACACCAACAGCACCAGAUACUGGCCUCUCAGCAGGCUGCUCUCUUUGGGACUGCUGCAUCGUCCCCCAACGAGCUCUCGCUUGAGAUGCCCCAGCAAGGUCCGUCUCAUGGACAGUCGGCCAGUAUCUCCAAUGCUUAUGCAUCGAAUGGCUCUAUCCCUGGUGCUACCACCAUCGGUGGACUACUGGCACCAGGUAAUCAACGAGGGCAGCAUAACCGUGCUGUGAGCCUUCCGGUAUUCGCGCCUGGCUUCGAGAAUGGUGGCACUAGCCCAGUUAGUGGUGUUGGAGGACCGAACGAAGGGGAACGUAGAGGUCACCAGUAUCAGGCCAGCUUUGGCGGCAUGGGUUCUGGUCUUGGUCUCGCAUUGAACGGAUGGGUGGAGGAGGAGGUUGCCAACUAAGCAAUCACGCACGACCACUUCCAAAGGUUAUUGGUAGGGAAAGAUAAUAUGUUGUAAUUGCUGCGUUGGUUUUCUUCGGCGUUCUUUCUUCAGCUUUGAACGGCUACGGUUGUCAUUUUUAUAUGAUCUUUGUAAAACCUCUUGAACACAACUUUCCCGCUCAACCCGACAUACCAAGAAAAGACAUUGGUUGCUAAUCAAAAUUCACCUACAAACACUACUUUAAAGAACGACGGCAAGAUGGGCCCAAGGCCAUACGUUAUUUGCGAUUGCGAUUUGGACAAACGAAUAAGGAUGGAAAGAAAGAAUAAGAAAUGGGUCUCUGAAAAAUGAGGUCCGAAGGCCGGUUUGAUAGGAUGGUGCAUCGGAGAAGAUGGGAUAAGGAUAGAAGGAUUAAACUCGAAAACGAGAUAUGGCCCGACUAG